AUGAACCAUAUAUAUGGUUCUCCGUUUCCCACUCUCAAUCCAAAAGUGCGGUAUCGCACUGCGCUAGAAAGAGCGGGUUUCGAGGUUAAUUUCGGCUCUCUGAUACCGGACAAUGAGAAUAACGGGGAGCUGGCCGAGAGAGAUCAGAGAAAAGCAGUGGGACCGAGCUUACCGUCAGCGGAACCCUGGUCUUCGGGCCAGCAUCGUGCAAACUCUGCGGGAAUACGGGGACAGAUGGCAACCACGGCCCAGAAUGAACCUAUUCCCCGAUAUCACUACCCUGCCGUUCGCCAAAGCCAGCCAGAUGGGGGCUCCAGGCAGUUCAGCUCGACAAAACCAACAUCGAAUAGCCGCAUACCGUCUAGUAGAUUUGUACAAAAAAUGCAGUCGAACAGCACCCCGUCGCUAAGGUCCAGUACACCCUCAAAUGCGCCGCUCUAUGCUGGCAAAGAAUCGAGCAAAUCUGAGAACGAGUUAGAUCCGAUCGAGAAAAGUUUUAUGAAACUUACUCAGAAUGAUGCAUCGAAUGGUACGGGUAUUGUCGGAUACACUAAAACCACACCGAGUGUGGCAAGUAGAGAAUCGAUGGCAGACUCCGUGAAGCGAGAGAGCAUGGGCCAUAACACUCAAAUUGAUGCCAGCCGCGGAACGGUCUAUUCCACAGUUGAGAGUUUGAAUUUUGAGCCCUCAUCCGAACUGCAUACCGGUUUGCUGUCGCUGCAGCAGGAUGAUAACGCCCAGCGAUUCGAAGGAGACAGCUCUUUGCCUGCUCUUACUGUUAAAACGCGCUUUAGUGAAGGACUGCAUAUGGCAGAUAAAGUAUCACCCCAAUUGUUUGGCGACAAAUCGGCUCAACCAAAGUAUGGCAUGAGAGUCUUAGACAGCGAUUCCGGAAACGUAGAUCGCCCUCAAGAGAAAAGGCCGCUCUCGAUACUCUCGAGGGAUGUGGAGACGCCCCAGACGGCGACGAGCUCGCAAGUGAGAGAAUUGCUGGCUCAACUAGAUGAUGUAUCCUACACAAAAAACGCACAGUUGGACACUGCAAUAUUAGCGGGCACCGCUGCCAACUCGUCGGCAGGAAGUCAGCUCGACGUGCGUUCCUUGUCCGUUGAUAGGUCGAGAUCUUGCUCCAAUACAUCGUCGCGCUUCAAAAAGUCAAGUGCCUACUUAUCACAAUCCCCCGGUGACAACUACGAUAUCAUUCCUCAAUCAUUGACUCUCGAAGAAGAAGGCGUGAAUCCUUACAGAACCGGAGACUCUCCCGUGAUCUAUAAGUUUAGACCGGCUCAGAAUGAUGGCUUCGGGCAGCUUCAGGAUCGUCCCCAGAUAGUAAUUGAACGCUCACAGCUCUCGCACAAAGAAACCAUAGAAAACUCGAAAGAUGUAACGCAUCCCGUACCAUCGAAGGAGCCACUUGGUCCAGAUAACUUGAACGAACCUCUCGUCGACGCUGCAGCUGAUACUUUAUCAGAGGAGCAGCCAAUCCAUAAGUUUCCUCCAGGCGAGGGACCAUGCAGGGCAUGUGGCGAGGAGGUCCACAGCAGGGGAAUUUUUUCAAAAAGAGCAAACGAACUCUCUGGUCAAUGGCAUCGCGACUGUUUCAGGUGCCUAACUUGCAAUGUCAAAUUCAACAAAAAAAUGCCCUGCUAUAUCUUAGACGAUCAGCCAUACUGCCAGCAACACUAUCACGAAAGGAAUGGCAGCAUUUGUCAAGUCUGCCAAGGCUUCAUCGAGGGAGAGUGUCUCGAAAACGAUAGAACAGAGAGGUUCCAUGUUCACUGUCUCACUUGUUUCCUUUGCGAAACUCGCAUUACCAGUGACUACUUCAUAUACAACGGAGAGCUACCGCUAUGCAGUGAACACGAUAUAGAAGCCCUCCUGAGAGAUGGUCUUACUGGCGAGCCACAGUCCAGCGGACAGGACAACACUGUAUCGAAAAGAAGAACAAGAUUGAUCACUUUGGGCCAGGCAUAG